UGAGUACUUACAUCACUGAAAAAUAGUUAUUCUAAAUAUAAUUAUACACAUUUAAUUAAUUAAAAUAUUUAUUGUUGAUUUCUAAUGAUUGGUAUGAGCCCACCCGCUUGAGUGGACCCCGUGUCACGUUGUACAGCAGGUGCCGGGUUUGAGUAAAUGAAACGCACCCGCUGCCGUGUUUUGUUGUUUUCGUGUCCGGCCUGUCAGACCGUCAGAGACCGGCAGAGAGACUCUGUAGACCGGGAGACUCUUCAGACCCGGACCGGGAGACUCUACCGACACACCGGGAGACUCUUCACCGGAACGACCAGACGGGACGAACAGGGAUGCACAUGACUAAAAAGACCAGGACCACCAUGAAACCUCCGUCUCAGACCUCUCCUGUCAGCAGCUUAGUAUUUGAAGGCGUCUACAACAACGCCAGAAUGCUUCACUUCCUCACAGCAGUCGUGGGCUCCACCUGCGAUGUGAGAGUGAAGAACGGCACCGCGUACGAAGGAAUCUUCAAGACUUUAAGCUCACAGUGUGAGCUGGCGGUCGAUGCUGUCCAUAAACAUGGCGAUGGAGACGGAGGAGGAGGAGGCGGCGAGGAGGGAGGAGGAGGAAGCGAGUCCACUCCACCCAAGAUUGAAGACAUCACUGACACCAUGAUCUUCAGCCCCACUGACCUGGUGACCAUGACCUGUCGCGACGUCGACUUAAACUUCGCUGUCAGAGACACGUUCACCGACACGUCCAUCAGCUCCUCCCGGGUGAACGGGGAACACCGGGAGAAGGUCCUUCAGAGGUGGGACGGAAACGGAAACGGAGAAAACUUUGAGCUGGAGGCCGACACAUCAAACGGCUGGGACGCCAACGAGAUGUUCAAGUUUAACGAGGAGGCGUACGGCGUCAAGUCCACCUACGACUCCAGCCUCUCCAUGUACACCAUGCCUUUGGAGAAGGGGAACUCUGAGGUUUUCCGGCAGCGGGAAGCGCGAGCCGCUCGGCUGGCCAACGAGAUCGAAGGCAGCCUGCAGUACCGCCGGCGGGUUUCUUUAGAGAACGACGAGGGUCGGAGCGAGGAGGACAAAUACAGCUCCGUGGUCCGAGAGAGGGAGGACAGAGCCAGCCCCGGGUUCACCUCCACCGGCAGGGAAGGUAAAUACAUUCCUCUCCCGCAGAGGGCUCGAGAGAUCGGCCUGUCUGGCAGGACCGGAGCCUCCGGUCGAACCUCCACGCCGACCUCCUCCAGACACCCGCCGCCCGGCUCGUCCUCCCCCAAACCGCCGCCGUCUGACAGGAGCAGCCCGCUGUCCGUCAGGACGGCCUACUCUCCUCACCAAUCGCAGAGCAGCCCGCCGGCGGCCGGCAGCCCUCCCUGUGCCAAUCACGUCCUCCCGCACUCCCUCUCUCAUCCUCAGGCGCUGGCCGACUCCACGCGCUCAUCUGUCAACGGAGUUACAUCCAGAACUUCCCCCAAAUCUCAGAGACUUCAGAGCAGCAGAACCCUGCGAACCCCAAACUCCCAGUCCUCACCUGCAGUCUCUCGUGCUCCAAAACAAGACGGCCCUCCCCAGGACUCCCCCCUGGUCGGCCCCGUGUUCUUGGACACCUCCUCCUCUGCUGUCACCAUGGCAACCACCAUCGCCAAACCCUCCGGCCCCACCCCGCUGUUCCCUGUCGAUGUGAACGAGAUCCUCAGCACCGCAGCUAAAGAGCGAACUGAGAGUCUGGCUGAAGGCAAGAGCGGCGGCAAAGCUCCCUCAGUCCAGCAGAGAUCUCAGCUGGAGGAGCUGCGCAAGUUCGGCAAAGAGUUCAGGCUGCAGCCCACCUCCUCCUCCUCUCCGUCAGCGAGUCCUGCAGAUCCUCCUCAGCACAGCUCCGCCUCCCCCACCGACUCCUCCUCCUCCUCCACCUCCCCCGCGCCGCCUAAACCUGUCACCUCCUCCUCUGCUGCCCAAGACCUGCAGCAGACCGCGGAGGCAGCCCCGACCUCCGCCGCCGCUGCUGCUGGGCCGGAGGGGCCGCAGCAGCCUGGGACCCCUCUGGCCCCCGGCGGCGAGGAUGGCUGUCCGGAGAGCAGCGAUCGACCAGAGUCUGCGUCUGCAGCUGCAGCGCAAGUGAAAAACUCAACUUUGAAUCCAAAUGCAAAAGAAUUUCUUCCCAUAAAAGUGAACGUGAUCCAGAAGCCUGCUCCGACCCCCACCCCUCCUCGACCAACCCAGCCCAGCCCCUCUUUGGUUCUGGCCCCUCAGGGACAGCCGGGAGGAGGCGCCAUCUACAGCAACCCACCUGGACACUACCUGUCCUACGUCACCCCCCUCCACCUCCAAGGACACCAGCUCCAGGCUCCUCAGAUGUAUCAGUACGCCAUGUCAGCUGUCAACCAGGGCAAAUACCCCCGACCCAAAGGCCCGGUGGUGGGACAGCGUCCGGAGCAUCACGCCUCCCAGGCCUCCUCCAUGAUCUCAGCUGCGGCGUCGGCAGCAGGCCCCCCGCUGGUGGCUUCACCUUACCCCCAGUCUUACCUGCAGUACGGUCAGGUGAUCCAGGCCCUGCCCCCACACUACCACGGACAGCCCGUUUACUCGAUGCUGCAGGGGGGAAGGAUGCUGACGUCCGGGGCCCCUCCUCAGCAGAUGGGUCCUCCCGGGGGCCAGUACCCCGGCCAGGCUGAGGGCCAACAACAACAACAACAACAACAACAACAACAACAACAACAACAGGCGGCCAUGUAUGCUCAGUCGUUCUCUCACCACGCGGGCGCCAUGCAUCAUCCUCAGCCCUCCAGCACCCCCACUGGGAACCAGCAGCCUCCGCAGCACUCAGCUCCCAGUCCAGGACACAACCAGUCGGGUCAGGCCGGUCCUCAGCCUCAGUCCAUGUUCCACUCUGGAGGUCUGCAGGCUCCGACUCCUCCCAACCUGCAGCCGGGCCACAGCUCCCCACAGGCCUCCUACGCCAUGCAGGGAUACAACCUCCAAGGACACCAGCAGCUGCCCCACGGAUUCCCCUCAAUCAGCCAACUCACACAGGCUCACGUCGCAGGAGGAAUGUCAGGACCUCACCACUCUGCAGGCCACGGCCUGCCGCCCGUCAUGCUGCACUACGUCUCCCCUCAGCAGGGCGCCGGCUCCAACCCCCAACACGGCCCCCAGCAGGGGGCGCCACAACACUUCUACAUCGGACACCCACAAGCUGUUCAGGUUCAGGCUCAUCCCACCCAGCAGCUGUCCUUCCACCCCUCUGCAAACUGAAACCCUCCGUCACAUCUGGCUUCAGGAGCGAGGAAGACGAGCGUCACCAUGUGACAAAACCCACCCCAAAUAUCCCCAAACAACUCGUAACAUUCCCACCUCCUGACAUCAAAUUAACACAUUCUCAUUUUUACCCACAUCAUCUUUUAGACAGAAAGAAGUUUCUGGAUUUUAAAAUGUAAAUACAGACUGUUUUCACACAUGAACAAGAAGCUGGACUGAAGACAAUAACUGGUGGAAACUUUGACUGAUAGUGGAAACAGUUUUUCUCCCCGUCCCACCUCCUCUGUCCUUUUACAGACGAAACCAGUUCAUUAAUAAUAAAACCACUGAAAAAAAGCA